AAUCAUCCUCGACAAUAUAUAACAAAAAUUUCUUCCUCCCUAUACAUACAUACACACACUCAAACUAUCAACAGUAGAAAAAACCGCCGAGAAACCAAAGAGAGUCGCCGGAGAUAAAAGAAUGGGCCACGGCCACCAACCUCGCCGCCUCUGCCACCACAACAUCCACCACAGAACCACCACCGCCGCCGCUACCUUCUUGCCAACUCUCUGUCGAGUUUCCAUCAACGACGUGAAGCUAACACAACACAAAAGCAGCCCCGCCGCCGCCACCGCCGUUUCAUUUUCCGACGACCCUUCCUCCCCCAGAGUCAGCUGCAUAGGCCAAGUGAAGAGAACCAACAAAGUCCUCGGCUUCCCCGGGCCCACUCCCCAUCACAACGCCGCCGCCGCCCAGUCCUUUAAGAACCCGAAUCUGAAGAGGCUGUUUGCCGGCAAGAGCUUAACCCCGACCACCGUCACCGCCGCCGGAUGCCGCCGCGCGAGCAGGAAUUGCACGAGAAGAUCGUCGAGAAAAGUUAAUAACAACAAAGACUCUCACGAUGAGAAUAGUGGCGGCGGGGGAGUGGAUAUCAAUGAGCUUGAUCCGCCUUUGCCGGUGGUUAAAAAGGCGCCGCAACCGGGCGCCGGCGGCGAAGGCAGUCUGUGGAAGAGAAGAUCCGGCGGGGGAGGUUUGAAAACUUUGCAGAUUCAGUUGGACAAAAGUAGUAAUCAACUCAUCAUUCCCCCAAGCACUGUAUAAUCAGAGCUUCGAUUCUCAUUUUAGGUACAUGUUUUUGUGUACUCGUUAAUUUGUAAAUAAAUUUUUUUUUUUUUUUCUGUUUUUGCUGGUUUGACACUUCAAACACCAUAUUGAUUUUACUAAGUUUUGAAUUU